AAAAAACUUCCAUAAGUAGGAAUCCAUCCCUUGAGGUUUUGAAAAUAUGCUGUAGGAUCUUAUACUGUAAUCCUAAAUACAAACAGAUUUACCAUUCUGUGGUUAUAAUGCCGGACAAGAAAAAGUUAUGUACAACAUGUGUUUGUCCUUUUCUCAUCUGGAAGAGCUAUGUUUUUCAUUUAAAUGCGUCACUGUCUAGCAUUGAACAAUAAAUUUGUUGUGUUCUCUGUUACAGAAGUGUGAUUUGUUUGGCAUUUUAUUUCUAUUUUAAUGUAGUUCACUUCUUUACAGCAGUAGCCUGAGCUGGACUUCAACCUUCCAACCUCUUGAAGGGAUUCGCAGUUGGUGAGCGAUAUGAGCUGACUCAUCUUACCACUCACUGGCUUUAUCUGACUUGACACAGAUAAGAGGAAGGGUUGCCGUCUGCCAUUGUGAUGUGAAGUUGAGGUUGAAGUCCAGCCGUGAUUGAAAGGGACGUACCGUUGCUUUUGCUUGUGUACUCUUUAUUUGCGCUUGAUUAAAGCUGCACUGUGGGAGAAGAUACGCUGAAAUAAUUUUACCGUGUUGAUUCCAGUGAAGGAGGAUGAAAAUGAAAGGUCGGCUAAUGCAGCUCAUGUUGCUGCUCUUUCUGAGUCCAUAUGGGGUCAACAUGGAGCAUCUCCAAGCAGAGAACCUUCAUCUCUUAUGUCCUGAUCAGCAUAAUGUGGUCAUGAACCAAGGAAUGAGAGUGUUACCAAGAGAUUGUCACGAAAUGCUCAUGAGCUCGUCAGGACACGCCAGAGAUGGCGUUUACUUGAUCCAACCAGCGGAAGCCCCCAUUGUUGUCUACUGUGCCAUGCAAGAAGGAGGAUGGACCGUGGUACAGCACAUCACCGUAAACAGCAGCAUCAGUUUUGACCGGGUAUGGACCGACUACAAGAACGGUUUCGGAGAUGUCACCGGAGAUCACUGGCUCGGGAACGAAUAUCUUCACCAGCUGAGCAGUGGCCCGGCACGCUUUAAACUGGGAGUCAAACUAGUGGACCGAGACGCCGUCACAAAAACGGGAGAGUACGACCCUUUCAUGGUGGAGGGCGAAUCGUCGGCAUACCGGCUGAGACUUGGGUUGUUCCAGGGCACGGCCGUGGACGCUCUCACCCAGGACACGGAGAACUACCUGCACGACAACCAAAAAUUCACGACAAAGGACAGAGACAAUGAUAAUUACUUCCAGAACUGUGCCAGGCUGGAGUUCCAGGGGGUGGCCGGCGGAGGUUGGUGGUACGACGCGUGUGCCGGUGCCAAUCUGAACCGCAGGAAUGUCAUCUACUGGCAAAAGGACUGCAACAAGGAGCAUCUGUGCAAGUACGCUUGGAUGAUGGUGAAACCAUCAGAAACUGGUAAACAAGUUCAAUGCGGAGACUGUAGAAGGGAUGAGCUAUGAGGACAGUAUCAAGCCAAUCACUUUACUUUUGCACUGAAAAAACAAGAAAAAAAGCUAGAGUUAAUUUAAAAUACUUUUCUACAUUGUGCAUGCUCUACCAAUGCGCUCUUGAAUACUGUCCAGUGUUGUUUUUGGCAGCCCUUUUAAUUUUGCUAAUGCUACGAGUUACAUUUAGUGUGUGAUGAUCACUCAGCACAGAACUUUAAAGGCUAAAGCAACAAUGAAAGAUAAUAAAACAAUUCUUACUGUGUUUUGCAAAACAAGAAAGUCUGGAAAGAAGAGGAUACUGGUGAGUUUGGGGUUGGAGAGCGCAGCACUUCACAUGAGUGACACAACCAGACACUGCUACAAUUCAAGCUAACAACAUAGAAAAAUGUCAGACAUUGUUAACAUGUGACGGAAACUAGGUCGCAUUUUCGUCUUGUUCUCGUCUCAUAAGACGAAAAUUUGUAUUCGUCUCGUGAUGUUUUAGGGGCCGUUUACAUGGUGACUCUCUGAGAAGACGAAAAAUUUCAUGUUUGCAUCUAUAUGGUUCCGUCUCCAUUCGACCAAUGUCGCCAUUCCGCAUAAAAAUGAUGUAGUAUUCAUGCCAAGCCAUAGGGGACAGUGCAGAUUGACAAGGCGACAGCACUUUGACCCCCAACAACCUCCUCAGUCCGGAAGACAACAGGCCCACCCACUCCAAGAAAUGGCUUUUUUUUUGCUCCAAAAGGCACAAAAAUGGAAACAUUCAACAUAUUUCAAUUAAAAAUAUUAUUACAAGAGUAAAUUAAAGCCGACAUUCCACCAUUAGCUGCUUUUAAUGUGUAAUGGCACCUCUGCGCACGCCCAAUGUGACGUGUGCGAGUGCUGACGUUAUCGGCGCGGGAGUGUUCCAUUGGUAUGGAUGCAGAGCAAGCCCCCCAAAGCUCCCGCAAUCGAAUCCUUCCACUUUGGAGGCAGGAUUCCAAGGUUUCGCCGACGCCAUAUGAACGUUAAGACACUCCGCAACACGGUCACUGCGUCUUGGUGUCGCAGAGCCGCCAUGUAAACUGCCCCUUAGGCCAUGUCCACACGUUAGCAGGGUAUUUGGCAAAAAGAAGAUAUUUUCCUACGGUUUGACCCAUCAUCCACACGCGCACGUAGAUUUAAACUAGGGUUCUUAAAAACAAUGGGAAAGGUGUGGAUUUGGGAAUUCUGCGUUUGUGGCUCCAUCAUGUGGACUAGGAGUGGGAACCUCAGGGCACCUCAAGAUACGAUACGAUUGGCGAUGCAAGGCUCACAAUAACGAUUAUCUCACGAUAUCACAAUGCAGCGAUUAUCGAUAUAUUGGUCAGAAAUUUGAUACAUGAUAUUCUACGAUACAACUG